AAAGCGAGAGGAACUGUCAGUAGUUGGAGUGGAACAGCAGAUCUCGCGCAGUGAACGAGUUUUUAAAGUAGAUUUCCUUCAUUCUACCCGGGGUGACCGGACCGAGGCUGGGCUUUCCACAAACGGAUUUAAACAGUACAACCUUUCACAUGGGGAGCUAAAGUGGGCGCUGUAUACAGAAUGUUAGUUUUUCCGCUGUUUAAGUUACUCCUGCUCGCGUGCACGACUGGCUGGUCUCGUGCACUCCGCCCGCACGGCAGAAGCGUCGCGAGGCACGCGCGUGCCGUGUCGGAUAACCAGCUGGAGGUGUCCGGUACCACAACCAGUCCGAACCAUUUACCUGAGGAGAAGUUGACCUCACCUCCAUUCCCCAUAACUCCAGAGGACAUGACCAGAAACGACAUGGUGACAGUCGCUCCUUCACCCAAAACAAUGGCUCCAACGCUGCAGAACUCGACAAAGCUAAACAUUUCCAUAACAACUACUGUCACAUCUCUUACACCGAGUUCAGCAAUAAACACAGCGGCUACCACGGAUUUUACCACCACAAGCACCAUCACACCAGACCUGACCACCGAAAAAGGACCUCAGUGUAACUGCAGUACAGUGGGUUCAGUGAGCCCAGACAGCUGUGACCCUCUCACCGGCGGCUGUAAGUGUUUGCCCGGCUAUUCAGGACCGCGUUGUGAUCAGUGUUACAGCGGCUAUUUCAGAAACCGCACCGGUGGCUGCCAGCCGUGUGACUGUGACCCAUCUGGAGCAGUGGGGCCUCAGUGUAAUAGCUCAGGAGUGUGCGAGUGUAAAGCGGGAGUGUACGGUGACAAGUGUGACAUCUGCCAACCCGGCUUCUUUAACUUCAGCAGCGCAGGAUGCCAAGCCUGCCAAUGCAACAAUCACUCCAACACCUGCGACAAACAAUCAGGCGUCUGUUUGAACUGCCAGGGGAACACCAGAGGUCCCAGCUGUGCCGAGUGCAAGCCAAACUUCUACCGGGAUCGUGGCUCCAGCUCGAGCAAGUCGUGUUCACCCUGCCCUUGCUCCAGCGUCACCUCUUCAGGCAAUUGCACACUCAAUGAAACUGGCCAGCCGGUGUGUGACCAGUGUAAACCUGAGUACAAGGGCUUCACCUGCGUGGACUGCCAAGAUGGUUACUACAACGCCGACAGUAUCUGUGUGCCGUGCGAGUGCAAUGGGAACGCCGAGCCGAACAGCGCACCCCGCAUCUGCCACCCAGACACCGGAGUGUGCCUGAACUGCAGCUACAACACCACCGGGCCUCACUGCCAGCACUGUGCCCCUGGUUUCACCGGAGACGCGCUUGCCAGGAACUGCACAGCCAUCGUGCCCACUACACCUGUAUACUAUUCCACAAUGACUCCCAGCCCUAAUGUAACUGAUCAGCUCCCCACCUCAUCCACGACACUCCUCUCCAGCCUGAGCCCUUCUGCCAACAGCACAACCAUUGUACAGAGCUCCUGGGCUCAGUUCAACAUAAUCGUGCUGGCCGUCCUCAUCACACUGAUACUGGCACUUCUGGGAGCAGCAGGCGGUAUCUACACCUACCGCCAGUACCAGAACCGCAAGAUCAACGCACCCUUCUGGACAAUCGAGCUGAAGGAGGACAACAUCAGCUUCAGCAGCUACCACGACAGCCUGACCAACGCAGACGCCUCGGGCCUUUUGGACGAUGAGGCGUGCGAGGCAGCCUCCAACGGACAGCUCACCCUCAACAGCCCGGGCAGUUUAUACAUGCCGUGACAUGACCUUCGGUGAAUUAUGGUAGCAUAAUAUCGACUAAUCAAUCGAUUUGGGAUGCUGAUUAAAAAAUUGCGAUUCAAUCCCGUAUUUGGAAUUGCAUUUCUCUUGCACCAGGUUUCUGAGCAUUAAAUCAAAAUCUGGCUCUUAAUAUUUCACAGAGGCAGAUUCUGCUGUGACAUUUGGCCAGUCACAUGCUUCGGAGUUCCAAAAAUCAUGCACACCCACACAGGAAAUGACAUCACAAAUACGUGUUGGAAUUUGCAUUUUCUAAUCAGCAUAGUGAGUCUGGAUUACACUGCCAUAACGAAGGGUUGUAUUUGUUUAAAUGUUCAGCUUAUGGUUGAGAAAAAGGGACAUGCUUUGAUGCUUCUGGUUUUACAGGAAGUGUACACACACAUACAUGUGAAGAAAUGGACAAUGGAGGACGUGGAAAGCGAGACCGCCUCCAUCGGACGGUCUCAGCAGCUCAGCCAGGUUUUACAGGGUGUGACCGUGGCACCCGGCACUCGGAACUUUUAUUUUAUUUAACUUUAACCAAGGUGUUGUGGGACCGGACAUGCACUGAUGCUUUAGAUUGUCCUGAAGAAGCUACACACAUAAGUAUAAACCUUAAGAUAAGGGAGACGCAUAAAAGAAUUGCACAAAGAGGAAAAGAUGUUGAGUUAUUGUGCCAUGUGGUUGCAGGACAAAAGCCAUGUGUUAACACUGAUGAUGGUACUCAGGCAUCCAUUUCCAUCCAUAUUGCAGUGACGUUUUGGGGCUGGAGCACUACCCUAUGAAAUGAAACCCGAAACAUAUGCAGUAGAAGCAUGUCUACAUUAGCCACAGUUUUACUAAAAGACGAAAAGAUCACAGAGUAAUGCUGAUUUUUAUGACAAAUUUUAGUAUAUGAGAAUAUACAGGAGAUGAUUUUAGUCGAAUCACCCCCCCCCAUCACUGUUAUUCCACAGGUGUGCCUGUAGAGGGCAGUAUUUAAUCAGGAGCUAAAAAGCUCUCCAGCGCUUCUGGGCCCCGCGCAAGCCAUUAAUCUCUCAGAAGAUGCACUACAUCCUUACAGAGAAAGAGCAGGAACUGUUUCUCUGUGGCAUUACCAGCAGAUCAGAUACGCUUCUCUCGAGUGAACCUCAUGGCUGGCCAGUGAGCUGCUUUUAUUUUGUAGCUUCUCUCUUGCGUUGUACAUUGAUAUUAUUGUCUUGCAGUAAGUGAGGUUCAGCUUGUCAGAUUUUUUUUUUUUUUUUUUUUUUUUUAGAUU